UAUCUCCUCGCGUCGCCCUCGGCACAAUAAUAAAAGCGCAACGGCACCCAGCGAUCUAGGCCUCCUCCUCGCUCACAUCGCCUUCCGUCGGCUCGCGUCUGCUACACUUCCUCUCCCGGCCCGGCUAGAUCUCGCCGGCAGGAGAUGGCGGACGCGAAGCAGCAGCAGGCCGCGGCGCCCACCGGCGUCUGGAAGACGAUCAAGCCAUUCGUCAAUGGCGGCGCCUCCGGGAUGCUCGCCACCUGCGUCAUCCAGCCCAUCGACAUGAUCAAGGUGAAGAUCCAGUUGGGUGAGGGAUCUGCAGCUCAGGUCGCAAAGACCAUGUAUGCUAAUGAGGGCCUUGGUUCCUUUUACAAGGGUUUGUCAGCUGGUUUACUAAGGCAAGCGACCUAUACGACAGCUCGUCUUGGAUCCUUCAGGGUUUUGACAAACAAAGCAAUUGAGGCAAAUGAUGGGAAGCCAUUGCCACUUGUUCAGAAAGCUUUUAUUGGUCUGACUGCUGGAGCGAUUGGCGCAUGUGUGGGCAGUCCUGCUGAUUUGGCACUCAUUAGGAUGCAAGCUGACUCGACCCUACCAGCAGCACAGCGGCGUCACUACAAGAAUGCAUUCCAUGCACUCUACCGUAUCACCGCUGAUGAAGGCGUCCUUGCGCUUUGGAAGGGUGCAGGCCCAACUGUGGUGAGAGCCAUGUCACUGAAUAUGGGUAUGCUUGCGUCCUAUGAUCAAAGUGUUGAGCUGUUCAGAGACAAAUUGGGUGCUGGGGAAUAUCAGACUGUUAUUGGAGCCAGUGCCAUUUCUGGAUUCUGUGCGGCUGCUUGCAGUCUGCCCUUUGAUUACGUGAAAACACAAAUUCAGAAGAUGCAACCUGAUGCCACUGGCAAGUACCCAUACACUGGGUCUUUGGACUGCGCCAUGCAAACCUUGAAGACCGGUGGCCCAUUUAAGUUCUACUCCGGCUUCCCUGUAUAUUGUGUCAGGAUCGCCCCGCAUGUCAUGAUGACGUGGCUCUUCUUGAAUCAAAUCCAGAAGUACCAGAAGAAGAUUGGCAUAUAAGAUCUCCAGUUGGAGACAAGAGUAUCAAUCCUUAUUCGACACAUUUAAUAACUUUCCAGCAGCUUUGCACUCCCGUGGUUGUUUUUGGUAGACAGAGUUUUAAGCAAUUUCUACCGUAGCUUACAUUUGCUGUGGUACUCUUGACAUUGUUACAAUAAUCACAUAAUCACAUUAUUUGUUGUAAUUGGGGCAAUUUUUUUGGCGGGCA